UCGACAUCAACAAAUAAAAAUAAAAAAGUGUCAAAAGUUGUUUUGGGGUUCUCGUUGAGUUUGUGAAACGUUUGCUUUAAAAAUAUAUAAACCUUGAGUGAAAAAAAACAACUGACAUAACUUUGAAAACGUUCGGCUUGGUGUAGUCGCAAAAUUUUCAGAUGGCUUCAAACACAAGUAUGGAUGAUGAACAGGCUAUCAGGGAGUGUGAGGCUUAUGUGCAAGAUCACAAUAUUCAACAAAUACUGAAGGAUUGCAUAGUUCAACUGUGUGUCUGCCGUCCCACGAAUCCUAUUGCUUUUCUUAGGGAACAUUUUCAGAAACUGGAAAAGGAACAAGCUCUGGAGGCGAAGCAGGCCACCUCGCCGGACGAGGCGGACGACCUAUCGCCCAUGCCCCCCUCCGCCUCCCAACCCCCCGCCAAACGGAGAGGAGGUAUAUCGGCCGAGCCAGUAACCGAAGAAGAUGCCACCAGUUAUGUCAAAAAAGUCGUGCCUAAGGACUACAAGACCAUGGCAGCCCUGUACAAAGCCAUAGCGAAGAACGUGCUGUUCGCCCACCUGGACGAGAACGAGAGGUCCGACAUAUUCGACGCCAUGUUCCCGGUGACGUACAUGCCGGGCGAAGCCAUCAUACAGCAGGGCGAUGAGGGCGAUAAUUUCUACGUGAUAGAUCAGGGCGAAGUGGAGGUUUACGUCAACAAUGAUCUGGUAACGACGAUAGGGGAGGGCGGAAGUUUCGGCGAAUUGGCCCUCAUCUAUGGCACCCCCAGGGCGGCAUCGGUGAAGGCCAAGACUGGCGUGAAGCUUUGGGGGAUCGACAGGGAUUCUUACCGCAGGAUCCUGAUGGGAUCGACGAUUAGGAAACGUAAGAUGUACGAGGAAUUCCUGUCGAGGGUGUCCAUCUUGGAGAACUUGGACAAAUGGGAGAGGUUGACGGUGGCGGAUGCCUUGGAGCCUGUCAGAUUCGAAAACGGUGAGACCAUAGUGAGACAGGGCGAACCCGGUGACGAUUUUUACAUAAUUGUGGAAGGAACGGCCAUCGUGAAACAGAACCGGACAGAAGGCGAAGAGCCCACAGAGGUUGGCAAAUUGGGCCCCGGAGAUUAUUUCGGAGAGAUCGCCCUGCUCCUGAACAGACCAAGAGCUGCCACCGUUGUAGCUUGUGGACCUUUGAAAUGCGUGAAAUUGGACAGAGCCAGGUUCGAACGAGUGCUAGGGCUUUGCGCUGACAUACUGAAAAGGAAUAUCACCCAAUACAAUAGUUUCGUAUCCUUGUCGGUUUAAUUAGCUCACGAAUGAUAUUUCGUUAACUUAUUUGUUCUAUUUGAUGUACUGAGAUCAGCCAAAAUUCGAAGUCUUCAUUUAUUGUUGAAUAGGAAAUAUAUUGAUUGUAAAUUACUGAUUCUCAAGUUCUGACAAACGAAAUCCAACAACUAUGAAAUUGUAACUAUUUUUCUAUGCUUAGAGGUCUGAGUCAUCUAAUAUUAUUAUUAUUGAAACAAAUUGGUAGUACAUAACGAUCGUAUUGAGUUUAUCAGAACUUGCUUCAAAGAGGUGUAUUGCAUGUGUUGUACUAAAUAUGUAUAAAUAUGUAUUAUAAAUAAUUUCUUCCAGUAAAAAUUAAUUUUUCUCCGAUAUUACACGAAAUAAAUAAUAUAAUUACGUUGAAUUGAUGCUUUUGGUUGAAUUUGAUAGCUAUCAUCUUACUUUUAUUGAGUUUUAUUAUAGAAGAGGAAUUUAUUUGGAAAUGUUGAAUACUUAAUUACAGACUAACUUAAACAUUUUAAA